AUGGCGGAUGGCGGUGGAGGGUGCACACCCCUGCGAGGGCCUCUGGCUGCAGGACUACUUUUGAUCCUAAGAACCACAGCAGCUGGGGCUCCCGGCACCGCACCGCCGCCCGGCCGAGCUAACCCCCGGGGCUGCACCCUCGCUCGGACAGACGCGCGCCCACCCGGAGCACCGACCGCAGCCCGACUGGAGCAUCUCCGGCCAAGGGCCAGAGCCGCGGGCAGCCGAGCAANCCGGCGGCGGAGCGGGCUCCUGGGGCUCGAGGGCUUCGGCUGCUGCCUGCCCGGCGGGCCCGCCCGGGGGCUCCGCGGAGCUUUUGCCCGCCUCGGCCAUCGGCUCCCGGCAGCGGCCGGCCGGGAGCGCGGGGUGGGGCCGGCGCUGAGGGCUUGCGCUGCGGGGCGCGGCGACCCCGAGGCAGCGCCAAGGGCGGGGAGGCUGGACGCUGGGCGCCGAGAAGCUGGUGGGGAGGGCGGGAGGAGGAAGAGGACAGAAAAGUUUGCACAGGAAGGAGCCGCCUACAGCCGGCUCGCGCUCCGGCGGGCGAAAGCCGCAGGGCUCGGAGCUGGGCCGCCCUCGGUGCCCGGGAACCUACCAGGCUGCUCCUCCCCCAAGCCCAAGCACUGCCCUUUGCAAGAAGGCGGCUGUGGGGUCCCCUCUGGCCGAGCGCUGGUCACCCAGCAAGUGGACCUCAGAGAAGGGGCGUUUGGGCUUCAGGAGUUGGGAUGGGGAAUUAGUAAGGGGAGCUGGGGCAAUUAUUUCAAAUGUUUAUGUGUAUGCCAUUUAUGUGUUGUUUCUCUUACUCCCUUUAGGUGGUAUUGGCAAGAGAAAAAGAUACCAACAUAUGUGGAAUUUAUGAAAAAUAAUUACGCUCCUAAUUUCAAAUAUGAAGAUUUUGGACCACUAUUUACAGCAAAGUUUUUUAAUGCGAGCCACUGGGCAGAUAUUUUUCAGGCUUCUGGUGCCAAAUACAUUGUCUUAACUUCCAAACAUCAUGAAGGCUUUACCUUGUGGGGCUCCAAGUAUUCAUGGAACUGGAAUGCUGUAGAUGAGGGGCCGAAGAGGGACCUCGUCAAGGAACUUGAGGUAGCCAUUAGGAACAGGACUGACCUGCGUUUUGGACUGUACUAUUCCCUUUUUGAAUGGUUUCAUCCACUCUUCCUUGAGGAUAAGUCCAGGUCAUUCCAACAGCAACAAUUUCCAGUUUCUAAGAUGCUGCCGGAACUCUACGAGUUAGUGAACAAGUACCAGCCAGAGAUCCUGUGGUCGGAUGGUGAUGGAGACGCCCCCGAUUACUACUGGAACAGCACAGCCUUCUUAGCCUGGCUGUAUAACAAAAGCCCAGUUCGGGACACAGUUGUCACCAAUGACCGUUGGGGAUAUGGUACCAUCUGUAAGCAUGGUGGCUAUUAUACCUGCAGUGAUCGGUACAACCCAGGACAUCUUUUGCCUCAUAAAUGGGAAAAUUGCAUGACAAUAGACAAGUUUUCCUGGGGCUACAGGAGAGAUGCUGGAAUUAAUGACUAUCUUACAAUUGAAGAGCUAGUGAAGCAACUUGUAGAAACAGUUUCAUGUGGAGGAAAUCUUUUGAUGAAUAUUGGGCCCACACAUGAUGGCACCAUUUCUGUAAUUUUUGAGGAGCGAUUGAGGCAAAUCGGGACCUGGCUAAAAGUCAAUGGAGAAGCCAUUUAUGAAACCCACCCUUGGAGGUCCCAGAGUGAUGAUGUCACCCCAAACGUGUGGUACACAUCCAAACGUAAACAAAAAUUGGUCUAUGCCAUAUUUCUUGAAUGGCCCACAUCAGGACGUCUGUUUCUUAGCCAACCUGUAGCUACUCUGGGAGUAACAAAGAUUAAACUGCUGGGACAUGGACAGCCACUUAACUGGACUUCUUUGAAGCCAAAUGGCUUAGUGGUAGAACUGCCACAUCUAACCUCGCAUCAGAUGCCCUGUAAAUGGGGCUGGGCUCUAGCAUUAACUAAUGUGAUCUAAUUUGCUGCAGAGAGGUUCAUGCCACAGGUACGCGGAGGACUGGAAAAUAAUCAGGUUUCUAUAAUUGUAGCACACAGAGAAAGCAAUUGUAAAACUGGUCAAGGAAAGUCAGGUAAUUAUUUAGGCAAUUCAGCCCUUUCCCCUCUUACUCCUUAAUGUUUUUUCUGAAUUACCCAUGUAACUGUUUUAACUCUCCAGUGUUACUUUGCCAUCAAAGUCUCUUCACACUGAAUUUAUUUCCAUGUGUGAUUACGAGGUGGAAAUUUUUGUUUUACAGUAGUUAGGAAUUGGUGAUGGUAAGGACUGACUGAAUUGUGUCUCAAAUUCAUAUGUUGAAGCCCUAACCCCCAAUGUGCCUGUAUUUGAAGACAGAGCCUUUGAAGGGGUAACUAAGGUUAAAUAAAGUCAUUAAGAAUGAGAACCUAAUCAAGUAUGACUGGUGUCCUUAUAAAAAAAGAAAGAGACACUGUGGAUGCAAGCACACAGAGGAAAGGCCAGUGAGGACGCAGGGAGGAGGCACCAUCUGCAAGCCAAGGAGAGGCGACUUAAGACAAAUCCAACCUGCCAACACAUGGGGCUGUCAGCCUUCGGAAUUGUGAGAAAAUAAAUUACUAUGGUUUAAGCCA